AUGGCAACUAUGCACGUUGCCAAGCGCCGAUGCACGCAAGGCUCGCGCAAAAAACUACUGCAGGCAACCAAGGAAGUAUGCCAGAAGAGGCUCUCGGAACUUACUGACGAUGAGAUCGGCGGAUACUUGCAAACCUUGGGCUGGCCAAAAGCAUUGGCGCCCGCCGUGGAGGCGUAUGAGUCGCAGGGGAGCUUUAUAAUAUGGGUGCUUAAUCGCAUGCUUACACAGCUGCGGAAGUGGAUGACGUUGCAAGCGAGCGGGAAGUUAGGUGCUGGCAGCAAUGUGGAGCAGUCCGAAGGAACACAUGGGGACACAAAUGAAGGGAACUAUGUUAAAAUGGAUAUGCCUUCUGUGUUCAGACCCCUAGAGACGAAGCUCGUGGCGUACCUGGUCUCCCACACCAGCAACAUAAACGCACUUUACGCCCAUUCGCAUGUGCUGCUCAAGAUGGCAAUGUUCCACAAUGUAUGGGGGCAGUUAUCCUUGGACGAGCUGGCGCUGCGCGAUUUUGAGAAUCCUUGCCUGCGUCUUAUUGAAGCACCAAACGCGGAGGAGACGCUGGGGAGAUACAAGGAUGCGGUGGAAGCGGUGAACGACCUGAUGAGGGCCACAUACUACCAGACGCCCUCCCAAUAUGAUGAACCGAGAGCCAAUAACAGGAUACACAUGUCUAACAACCUAAACGACAUGGCUGAGCGGAUAUUGGACGACGUAAACAUGUUCGUGCGCUGGAACUACGCCUUUCAGAGCUUUAAGCCAGCAACUGCGAACAAAAAGGUUGCGACCCUAGUUGCGCAGAUUGCCUGUGCUUUGGCUGAACACUUUGGUAUUCUCUGUGAAGUAAUGCGCGAGCUGAUGGAAGCGAACUCAAAUGCCAAGCAUGCGUACCACUGCGCGGCUCAAACGUUAAUGGCACAUUUACUUUUAGUAUGUGCCGAGAUGGAGGAUUUCAGGGUACAGGCCAAGAUCCUUUUCAAAAGGUCUGUCACUGCUGCUAAGGACUCCUCUACCGAUAAAUUCGAUCAGCGCAUCACCACCGCCAGACGCAGACUAACACAAAUGCUGACCUUCCCCUUAACCAGCAAGUUCAUACCCGGGUUGAAGGAAAUGCUGCGAUCUAAGGAAUAUGAGGACUUAUUUGAUGUAGAGCAGCUUGGGAAUAUGGAUCUGGAGGACUCCGCCGUAACAUACAACAGGCGCUUCCUGCUCAAUAUCAUCUCGACAAUCCAUCGCGCGGAAUGUAAUGAGGAGGCGCUUCAGCAGGCUAGAGGGCUGUGUAUCCUGCUUGUAGAGUUGCUUGGUAUAGCAAUCGAGGGCAUUGCUUUACAAACACCAGAGGCGCAGGACCCUACGUAUUACGGAGUGAUGAUGCUCGCGGUCAUACUCCCUCUUAUUAUGAGGCUUGCGGAGGCUAUAAUGGGGAGAGUGGAAAAGCAGCCGGAAUCGUAUGUCCCGUAUGCAGCACUGGUGGAUGUCGUACGGGCAUUCUACGAAGUCCUCAGCCUUGCCAACAACAAACAGGUACUGGUAUACUCGGGGGAGCGAUCGGAGCUGGUGGCUAAAAUCAACUCGCAGGCCACGAAAUUCGUGCUCAAAACGCUAGAAUCGUCGUAUGGGAGUAUCGAAAACAAUCGCAAGCGGAAGGUGCUGAUGGAAAGUAUACAAAGCGACGAAAAUGUCAUGAAGUUGCUCAUCAAAAAAGCGCAUGCUGAGCAACAUGAGAAUGCCACAGCCACUGCUGUCGUGCAAAUCAUGCCGAUAAUGUGGGAUGCGCUGUUGCUACUUGUCUCGCUUAGUCUGGAGCAUGCAGAUGACAACAUACAACAGAUUUUGAAACUCCUCAAUCAGGACUACGCCUUCCACAACAACUCAUAUGAAGAACACGCCUUCAAAAUUCUGAUCAAACCACAAAUAUCCUUAGGCAAUGCAGAGAGUCACCGGAAGAGUCACGUAUUCGCUGCUAACCUUAUUUCGAUGUACUCCCACGCAAACGACAUGACGGCACUUCUGGAUCACAUGGGGGAGUUCGUUGAAAAAACGGAGCCGCCGGACGCAGUGUGCCCUUUUAUGCUGCACCCUCCAGCGAUGCAGGCCUUCAACAACAGCAGCAAGGAGUCUUCCAGCUUGCAGAUACCCAUGCUCAUCAAACACUUUGCGGGGUGGCUCAAAAAAGAGCCGGUGAGGGAGUUUAUGCAGUAUCCACUCAUGGCCUACCUGAGGGGGAUAGAGCUGUCUGCCACGUUGGUGAUGAGAACUGCCGACGCCUUUGAAGAACUCAUUCGAAUCGCUCCCAUACGGCAUGACGCAGAAGGGGUACUCAUGGCCAUACAAUUCAUCAUUAUAAUACGGAAAAUCUUAUCGUGGUCCACUUUGGACGACUCAACUGACAGGUGGGGUCCAUACCUCAACAACCUGUACGUGUAUGUGGAACAACUGGCGGAAGCGGUCGGCAGAAACUGCUCGAUUGCCAUAUGGACGGCAAUGUUCUGGUUCGCGUACCACUUCACCCUCAUCAUACGCGACCAGCCAGACCUAUAUGGUCACAUGCAAAACGGAAUCAACCGCUUGGUUCGCAGGCUGCGCAAAAUAGUGCGGUCGAACUGUGAGGAUCAAUCGUUCGUGGAGGACGCUAAUGCGCUCAUUGUCGCCAAUGCCAACGUAUUCGACAAUGAAGAGGCAUAUAACGCUCUCAUAAAGACGGUUUGCAAUGCUUUGAUUGGUUUCAAGAAGGAUGCGAGAGUGCUGGAUAACCUCAAGGGGACCCUAGACGUGCUAGCAACGGGUCAAAAGUUGAUCAACGAGAUUGCAGACGUCAAUUUCCUAGGCAACUUAGUAGAGAUCUUGACGAACUGUGAGAGCGGUCUGCACCUUAAGAUUAAGGCCGCCGGAAUGGUGAUGCAGGUGUUGCAGUACUCACCGCCACUGUAUCGACAUGAAGCAUUCGGGCAACUAUUUUAUGCUUUACCUAUGACAACCCAACAAGCUGUUAUGGGUGACGGGGUGCUUCAAGAAGACGUAUUAGAGCUGGUUAAGGAGUUGUUGGCUACUGUCAACUUCAUUUUGAGGCGCGAGGAACAGCUGGGGGUGCGAGCUUGCUCCAACCUCACGUUGAAGGAUUAUCUCAAUUCAAUAGACACGUCGGCAAAGAGGGUUGAGCCCAUGAAUUGUAGCUCGAUUGCUUUGAAAGGGGUGCUGCAGGCUCUGUGCUCGGUGAAAAGUGCUUUGAGCCUCGAACAUUCGGACCGAUUACACCAAUCACUUGCAAUACUGCAACAAAUCGCAUCUGUUCAUACCUUCAUCAUGGCGAAAAUAGUCGAUGAGGAUCUCAUGAACACUUUGGAUUUGGAUACAGGUGAUUGCAACGCACAGAAGUUAAUCGACAGGAUACUAAACGUAGUCGUCCCCGCAAUGAUGGGAGGCAGAGCAAAGCGGAAACUCGAUGACAAUAAUGAUGCAACGAAUAUAUCGCGUGAAGAAGUCCGCAGCGAGGAACUGGUGGAUUCUGUAUUGCUGGCGUAUAUAAAUAAGACCUGGCAAUCUGAAAAGGCGGCAAUUGGUAAUGCUAGGAUCACACCAGUACAAUACCCCAGACAAUUAACGGAACUGUUGCAUGAUGCGGGCAACGCUCUAGAGGCUGAUAAUACAACAAAUGAAGCUCAUAUAUUGUACUUAGCAAGCGUGCUAUACAGCGUGGCCUCAAAUACUCAGGACAAGCAUCACGAAGCUACACUGGAACAGGUAGCCAGCAUUCGGAACAAGGCGAAAUCUAUACACCACAUCGCACCUGAUGUACUUGAGGCCAUCUACGAGGCGUUGCUAGAGGUCUUGUGUCGUUUCGUACCGACGACGCCCGAGACGCAGAUACACUCGCAUGCUGUGCACGCCCUCAUCUUCACAGCAGAUAUGCAGCACGCUAUAUUCUUCAAGCGACAACGUGCCCUAGGAUUCGGGGGUACGCAACUGGAGAUAUAUAAGGCACUCUGUGGCUGCCAAGUGGAGAAGGUAGCCGAAAUCGUCCAGGCAAUACACGACCACGCCGACCCAAAACAGUUGUGGAUAACCUUUACCAAGCAACUGGAGAGCGUUUCUCAAGAGGCAGAUGCGCAGCCUGCGCCACACGAUUGGCGUUGCAGAGCAGCAAUGCUGGAGGUUAUGGUCUCCUUCGCGGACAAGAACCACCUAAAGGCACUCUACAGCUUGAAGGGGCCUGGCAGAAAGAAGAUUCUUGCCACUUGCAACGUGCUGUUGGGGUUGAAUGCCAAGCACAUCGAAAAUGUCGAACUUACGAUGGGAACACGGGAGGACUCAGAGACCAUGCACUGGGUGGUGCUGAACUACUUGCUCAACACUGCAGUGUCCAUCAAGUUAUUCGUCUUCACGCGAUUUCAAGUUAACAAGCAAAUGCAGGAGACGCAGGCCACCAUCGCCGAGCACCUGCUCGACCUCGCUAGGUUGGGAAUAAACCUGCUGCAAAAAUGCAAGCAACACGAGUUGUCACGCGAGAUAUUUGAACAAAUCGCAACCAACGUAUACCUCGCGCUGUACAACUGCAUCAGAAUAGCUGAGGGCAUGAGCAACGCUCAAAUCGCAAAACUCGUGCGGCCGUGGAUUAGACGCGUGCACGUGGUGACGUACAUCAUAACACGGUUUGUGGAACUGAUGGAAACGCACGACGCCGACAUGUUCGCCUACGUGGCGCGGUGGAUGAGCAUCAUCUCAAAUGAGCAGCUCGUCGAUGCGACCAAGUGGUACAUACCGCACAUUGUCACCCCAAUUGUCAAAGCGUGGCACCAAGUGAGCAAGGAUAUCUCAACAAACAAAACGCGGCGGGGUAAGCUUAUGAACACUGGUAUAGACAUACCCAUGCAGCGGACGUGCUCAGAAGCAACAAAAUACUCAGAAGCUGCAUUAUAG